AUGAAUUACGAUCGUCGCUUCUCGCCCGGCGAGAAUCCUGAUUACUCGAAUCGAACCAUGAAUUACCGUGAUUCUCGAUCACAGCAACUCACUCCACGUGGUGGUAUCGAUGCCAGAGCCAAUGCGUAUGGACGUGAAUAUCCACCACUUCGGUCGAGAUCUCAAACUAACGUAGAUCAAGAUUACGGUGAUCGCUUUUCUCAACCGGCUCCAUUUUAUGAUAACAGAGGGCUUGAUACUAAAUCCAGAAGCAAAUCAUUGGACAAUCGUGAAUUCCGUGGUUAUGACGAUGGAUUAUAUAGAAAUGAGUACCCAAAUGACGGUGGAAUUGUGAUUCCUAUCCGUCGUGACAAUGGCCGUGAUCAACCGUACGAUUAUCAUUCUUCUCCACCAAUGCGUCAAAGAGAAGUUGAGCCAUACGGUUUCGAUGAUCGUCGUCUACCAGUGAGCCAAGAAGUUCACAUUCCAUACAAUCGAGAUGUCAGGGAGCCAAUAAGAGAACCAAUUCGAGAACCAAUAAGAGAGCCUUUACCAAGAGACUUCCCACCAAGAAGAUCAUUCGAUGGAAGAAUGGGUGAUAGUCCGAAAUCAUUCUCCUCUCGUUUCAAAGAUCACUCUACCAGAGAUCGUCGAGUUUUGGAUUACGGUCGAAAUGGGUUUGUAGAUGAUUUCGAUAGAGAAGAUUAUGGAGCCGUUCAACCAUACCGAGGACCACCUGGAGGAGCAGUUAGUGGAGCUGCUACAGGUGGUGGAGGAUAUCGAUCAAGCAGUUAUCACCGAUCGCAUCAUGAAUCCCAUGGAGGAGGUGGUCACGAGUCUUCAUUCGGAGGUGGAGCUACACGUGCAAUCACUCACCAACCACAAGUAUUCCAUCCGGAUAUGAGACCAGCUAGACCAAUUCAACAUCAUCGAGUACAAUGUUGCUGUUUCAACUUUGUCUGGCCGCCAUGGAGCUAUGAGCAAUCACCACCACCACAACAAAUCUAUAGAAAUAUCUAA